AGACUAUUCUUACGACAACGGGAGGCGACUCACGGCACUGUUGCGUCACAUAUAUUGCUCAGCAGAGCAACCGCUACCCGUAACUUGUGGCUGCAGAUGUGUAGCCCGGGAUUAACCGAGAAAACGCGGACUGAUGGAAAACACGGGACGUCAUGAAAGAUAUUGACACUGUGGGGGGUGAGAAAGAUGAAAACUGGGUUGUCAGUAAAGAAAAUGAAGAGGAGGCUCCAAUGAGGCGUAGUUUCUCGGUAGAAGACCUCCUUGAUGAAGUGGAGAAGAUCUGUUACAAUGCCUCCGGGACAUCAAAGGUGGAGAUGGUGGUGAGGCUAUGGAAGGACGGCUUCACUGUAAACGAUGAGGAGUUUCGCAGCUACUCCAUACCAGAGAACCAAGACUUCCUGGAUGCUAUCAAGAGGGGGGAGCUUCCAACAGAGUGGGAGAGCAGAGCAGAAGAGGAGGAGCUGGAGAUCAGCGUGGAGGAUCUGACAGAAGAAAAUUAUGUUCCCAAGAAAAAGGCCUUUCACCCUUUCAGUGGCCGAGGAUACCGACUUGGCAGUGUUGCACCAAGAGUAGUGGCCAGGUCACCGUCUGUGCACGAGGAUGGAGAAUCUCCUCGUAUUCCCAUGGUAACACUAGACCACGCCCUUCCUGUUACCUCCCUGCAGAUUUGGUUGGCUGAUGGCAGGAGAUUGGUACAGAGGUUUAACCUAUCACAUCGGAUCACUGACGUUCAGGAGUUCGUGGCACGCUGUCAGAGGAGCUGCCCACCUUUUGUCCUGACAACAUCACUUCCUUUCCGAGAGCUCAACAACAAAGAAUUAAGUCUGGAAGAGGCGGACUUGGCCAAUGCUGUCAUUGUCCAGAGACCCCUGAACACACAGGCUCCAUUUGGACACUCAUGACCAAUAGGGCCCCCUAAUUAAUAAACAAAGCGUCACUUUUCCCCUUACUGACAUAUCACCAUGCCUCUUAACGCAAUCUCACUUCCCCCUGUAACUUAUAAUCUUUAUUUAUUUAGCAGUUUGUGCUGCAUUUGACGAUUGCUAUUUCCCUCUACAGUCUCCCCGUGGGAUUAUCUAAUGGAGAUAUAGUCUGUUAGUUACAAAGGCGCUGCGGAGGGGCUGUAGUCAAUGCUUACUUUGUCUUCUUUCUCUGGAGGACAGUGUUUACCUGCCAGCAGAUCUCCCCAAAUCCCUAUACCGCAGAAAAGCUAUCAAGGCAAACCAAUUCCGUCACCCAUGCAGUUGGUCAACCAUGUAUGUCCAUCUGUUGGUCUACGACAUGUAACCCUCCCUCCCUCCUUCCUUCCUUCACAAUCAAUCACAAUACGACCACCAGCACCACCAACCAACUCUCUAAAGUCUUCCCAAACUGUGAUCACCAUUUUUCUGCACUAUUUACAGUAAAAACAAGCAGCUGAUAUUUCAGUUUGAAUCUCCAAGUUUACAAUUAUAUUUAUUGAAAUUAUGAUAUUUUCUUUGCACAUUAUUAUGAUAAAAAGAAAAAAAAAGAAGACAGCCUGUUAUUUAUGUUGGCCUAACUGUUCAGGUCUGUCAGUUGUUAUGUCGUUUUUUGUGAACAUUUGCCUUGGUUUUCGCA